UAAGUAAUGCUCAAACUUAUAAACAAUUUUGAAAGAUGCGUAUGUACAAAGCUUUUUAUUGAGAAUAAUUUGUUCUUGUAAAUUUUCCAUAAUUUUUGACCUAAAAUGGAAAGCCACUUUUGAUUUCACGAUAGAGGAGUUAUUGGUUGUAUGUAUUCUGUAAAGGGUCAUCAGGGAACGGGCAAUACUGACCCAAUUAGAAACACCGGAAUCUGCAUCAUUAAUUAACAUUUGAAGAGCUCUGUACGCAUAUCUGGAGAAAUCGAGAUUUAUUAAACGAAUAUAAAAUUUUAAGAUGUUAAUAUGUCUAUGUUCAAGCAACGAACAACGUCCCAACUCCGCAUAAACCCCAAGAGACGUUGUAGAUCCUUUAACACCUAGGGUUGACUUGCAAGCCAUGAGAUGAAUUUUUUCCAGGCAUUCCCAUGUACCAAAUAUCCCCAUACGUCAGUGGCAUAAUUUAGGAUAGGAAGUAUUGUACUGUCUAAUAAAAAUAGAAACAGUCCUGGGUUGAAACCAUCCCAUUCGUUGCUUUUGGACAAGAGAGCAAAGUAAGAUUUUUGAGCUUUUUGCUUAAUUAUAUCAACAUGAGCACUGUAGGAACCAUUAAAUUUAAAAGUAACUGCAAGGUAUUUUACUCAUUGCAUUCUUUGAUCUCUUUAUCGUCAAAUUUCCAAAUUUUGCAUGCCUUAGAUUUUUUCUUGUUUUUUCUUAUAACCAUUAUCUUGGUUUUGGAAGUAUUUAUCUCCAUAUUAAUGGACAAGCAGAACUGGUUUAGCUCGUUAAACUGGGAUUGCAGAUAUACCCCAUUUACUUUGCUUUCUAGUGGUUAGAUAUGACGUAAACCAAGUAAGUUCUAGGUUUUCAACACCAUACUUUCUCAACUUUGCAAGUAAAAUGUCAUGGCGGGAAAAGGGAAGUGCAUGUGUGAGAGUUUGUAGUCAAGGUCAUUCAUUAUUGAUGGCCUCAUUCAUCUUUCAUUAGCACGGCAAUCAAUUCGUUUCUGUUCCUGAUCACCUGAUGUCUAUUUUCACUUUGGCCCGGAAACUGCGAAGGAGAUUUUCCCGGUUUACAAGCCAGGGCCUAACUGUGUGUCAAUAGUAGGUUGAAAUCAAUCACAGCUAACCUAUUACUUGAUUUCUAAUAAGCAAAACAAUAGGAAUCAACAGAUUUGAUGAUGUGAUGUCCUAGAUCCAGGUUAAUUGCAGCUUAUUACAUGGUAUUUUGAGAUGACAUCACAGCUUGAAUUUUACGUCAACGGGCAGAAAAUCGUGGAGAAAAAACCUGACCCAGAAUGGACUCUGUUGUUCUAUUUACGAGAAAAACUAAGCUUAUGUGGAACAAAACUGGGAUGUGGGGAGGGUGGCUGUGGUGCUUGCACUGUGAUGGUGUCGAUGUACGAGAAGGAGACGAAGACGAUUAAGCACAUGUCGGUGAACGCUUGCCUUGCUCCUGUUUGUGCGAUGCAUGGCCUAGCUGUUACUACAGUUGAAGGCAUCGGUAGCACGAAAACAAAACUUCAUGCAAUACAAGAAAGAAUGUCGAAGAUGCAUGCCUCACAGUGUGGAUUUUGUACGCCAGGAAUUGUGAUGUCCAUGUACACCCUUCUGCGGAAUACACCAAAACCAUGUAUGGCUGAUGUUGAGGAGUAUUUCAAGGGGAAUCUCUGUCGUUGCACUGGCUACCGACCGAUUCUCGAGGCGAUGAAAACCUUUUGUAUUGCAGAGACGAAAGAAAGGCCAAAUGAAAAUGAAGAGUGUGACGGCGGAGAAAGCAGCAUGGUAAACAAGAUGAAUGAAUUCACGAUUGGCUUCUCUGAAAACUGUGAAGGUACAAAUGGCGAAAUUGGCAAUUCUUUAGAGAAACAAUCGCCAAAUGCUGAUAUUGAUCAUUUGAAAGAAGCACAAUUGGCAGCAAUGGAAAAUACCAAGGUGCAGAUGAAUGGGUUUCCUGAUAUGCAGGACAACAGAAACAGUUGUUGUGGAGCAGGUGAGAAUUGUUGCAAAAAGUCGACAGCUCCUGACAAAUGUACCGGCAUUAAAUUGAAGGAAUCUCUUGAAGUACCUGAUGUCACUUCUCUCAAAUUUAUUCCAUACGACCCAAGUCAAGAGCCAAUUUUCCCACCCAGUCUGCUCCUUUCCAAUGGAAUAAAAUCAGAGAGUUUGCUUUUCCAAGGCGAAAGAGUCACCUGGUACAGACCAACAACUCUAAAUGAACUAUUGUCAUUGAAGGAGCAGUUUCCAUACGCAAAGAUCGUUGUUGGCAAUACUGAAGUAGGACUUGAGACCAAGUUCAAGCACCUUGAAUAUCCUGUUUUGAUACACCCAAGUCACAUUAAGGAGUUGAAAGAAAUAUCUAUCCUGGAAAAUGGUGUGACAUUUGGGGCUUCAGUGACUCUUGUUGAAAUGGAAACUGUCUGUCGAAGAAUGAUCGAAAAACUACCGGCCUACAAAACCAGAGUGUUCAGUGCUUUUGUUGAAAUGAUGCAAUGGUUUUCAGGAAAACAAAUACGAUACGUCGCAGCAGUAGGUGGAAAUAUCAUGACUGGCAGCCCAAUAUCUGACCUUGUUCCAAUUUUUAUGGCCUCUAAAUGCCGACUUGAUGUAGCAUGCAAGAAUGAACAAAGGUCGCUGGAAAUGAAUGAAAAGUUUUACGUUGGCUAUCGAAAGACGUGCCUCAAAACAGAAGAAGUAUUAGUAUCCAUCACUCUACCAUUCACUGAAACCAACGAAUAUUUUCAAGCUUAUAAACAAGCAAAAAGACGCGAUGACGAUAUUGCAAUUGUAAAUGCAGCUUUCAGAAUGGUAGUGGAAGGAGCUUUGGUUAAGGACGCUACAUUCUGUUAUGGAGGACUUGCACCUACUUCAAAAUUGGCACUUAAAACUAUGGAGCUUCUUCAAGGGAAACAAUUAGGAGACGGAACUCUUGAAGCAACAUUGCGGGCAAUUUGUUCUGAGUUCAAUUUGCCUCCAAAUGCUCCAGGGGGUAUGGUACGUUACAGAAGAUCAUUGGCAAUGAGCUUGUUUUUCAAGUUUUUCCUUCACGUUGCAGAAGAGAUAAAUGUUUCGACGUCUGGUCUAUUGAAACAUUGCUCCAGUGCGACAAAGAAGUUCCACAAAGGUGUAAUUAAAAGCCAUCAGUUCUUUAAACUGUCUGAUGGGGAGAAAAAGGUAGUCGGAAAGCCGAUACCACACAAAUCAGGUGAUCUGCACACGACAGGAGAAGCCGUGUAUGUAGACGAUAUGGCCAAGACGAAAGGCGAGCUUGAAUUGGUGUUUGUCACAAGCACAAAACCCCACGCCAAGAUCCUGGACAUAGACCCAUCUGAAGCAUUGCUUAUUGAUGGGGUUGUUGAUUUUGUGAGCCACAAAGAUUUAUCCCCAGAACGAAAUUUAACUGGAAUUCCUGAUUUUUCAAAUGAUGAAGAAUUGUUUGCAUCCAAAGUCGUGCACUGUGUUGGGCAAGUGAUUGGUGCUGUUGUUGCAACUGACAAAAACAUUGCAAGAAGAGCUGCAAACAAGGUAAAAGUUUCUUAUGAAGAACUGCCUGCAAUCGUCACAAUAGAACAGGCAAUUGCGGCUAAUUCGUAUUAUGGUGACUUGAUUGAGUUGAAGCGUGGAAACGUACAAGAGGAAUUUGAUAAAUGCGACCACAUCAUAGAAGGGACAAUGAGAACUGGGGCGCAGGAGCAUUUUUAUUUUGAGACCCAAACAUGCAUUGCAUUUCCUUUGAAUGAGAAUGAAGAAAUCAUAAUUUAUUCUGCCACCCAGUCCCCGUCUGAUACGCAGAAAGUCGUUUCGAAGGCACUUGGUGUGGAUUACAACCGCAUCGUUUGCAAGACCAAAAGACUCGGAGGUGGUUUUGGUGGCAAGGAGACGAAGGCAUCUAUCAUAGCUGCUGCUGUUGCUGUUGUUGCUUGUAAGAUUGGUAAACCAGUGCGAAUCAUGCUUGACAGAGACGAGGAUAUGAUCAUGACGGGGGGUCGCCAUCCAUUUUUGAGCAAAUACAAAAUUGGUUUCAACAAGGAUGGCCACAUUAUAGCAGCAAACACAGAUCUGUAUUCAAACGCUGGCUGGAGCGUCGAUCUGUCUUUAGCGGUACUUCAAAGAGCUGUAAUGAAUUGCGAAAAUUCUUAUUUUAUUCCGUGUUGGAGGUCCUCUGGGCGCUGUUGUAGGACAAACCUCGCUUCCAACACUGCUUUCCGUGGAUUCGGGGCUGUGCAAGGGAUGAUGAUGGCUGAAACAUGGAUUAAUGAAAUUGCAACAUUUUUGGAGAGAGACCCGGCAGAAAUCAGAGAGAAGAACAUGUACCAAGGUGGAGAGCUGACCCACUAUAAACAGGUUAUGGAACCUGGGACCAGAAGGUGCUGGGACAAAUGCAUUGAGAAGAGUAAUUAUUACAAACGCAGACAAGAGGUGGAAAUAUUUAACGAUGGAAGCAGAUGGAAAAAGCGUGGCGUUGCCAUUGUCCCUGUGACAUAUGGCAUAGGCAUCGAAGUUCCGCAUUUUAAUCGCGGCGGUGCCCUUGUGCAUAUAUACUUUGAUGGAAGCGUACUGGUUUCACACGGAGGAGUCGAAAUGGGUCAGGGAUUGCAUACGAAGAUGAUUCAAGUGGCAAGCACUGUCCUUGAGAUACCUCACAACAAGAUUUUCAUCUCGCAUACUGCAACAGACAAAGUGCCCAACACGAUUGCAACCUCUGCAAGUCACAGCUCUGAUUUGCAAGGAAUGGCUGUAAUGGACGCUUGUCAGAAACUGAUGAAGCGUUUAGAACCGUACCGACAGGAAGAGGAGUCAUGGAACGACAUUGUGAAGAAGGCCUACUACGACAGAGUGUGUUUAUCAGCGACUGGUUACUACAAAACGCCAGACAUUGGGUACGACAUCAAGACGAACAUUGGACGAGCGUAUAAUUAUUACACCUUUGGAGUUGGAUGCUCUGUUGUGGAAAUCGAUUGCUUGACAGGCGACAAUAAAAUACUCAGCACUGAAAUCGUGAUGGAUCUUGGGGAGUCUCUCAACCCUGCUAUUGACAUUGGUCAGAUUGAAGGUGCAUUUAUGCAGGGCUAUGGCCUGUUUGUACUGGAACAAUUCCAACAUUCACCAAAUGGAGUGCCAUUGACAGUUGGUCCAUCGACGUACAAAAUACCUGGUUUUGGUGAUGUGCCUGAAGAAUUCAACGUUUCUCUCCUUAGUGGCUCUCCAAACGUAAGGGCCCUCUAUUCUUCGCGAGCUGUUGGUGAGCCACCAUUGUUUCUUUCCGCAUCUGCAUUUUUUGCAAUCAGGGAUGCCAUUAGGUAUGCUCGUAAAGAUGCCGGCUACAAUGGAAUCUUCAAACUAGAGGCACCAGCAACGGCAGAACGAAUCCGCAUGGCAUGUCAAGAUCCGCUGACUGAAAUGGUGCCUGAAUUUGAGAAAGGCACUUUCCAGCCGUUGUUCAUACAAGUCUGAUUUGCUUGGACAAGAUCGUUUUAACUGAAGAAGAUUAUUUGCUAUCAUUUUUUGUGCUGUUCGUUAUAUAUAUACUUUGUUUUGUACUGCAGCGAGCUUGUAAGGCAAAUAGAUGCUCGAUGUGCACCACAUGAAUAUAACGUGGUGUAUUUUUAAGAAUUUUAUAUAUAGAAUAAAGACCUAUUUCUAAAUUCAAGAAUCUGUGUGAUGAUAAGAAAAUGGUUCUCAACUAUCUAAACAGAAUUUGUAACUACCUUGAUAAUGACAAAAUUGAUUACGUAAUGAGGUUUUUUCGAUAGUAUUAGCAUCCUAUGUUUUUUCGUAGUUUUGAUAUUUUGAUUGUAAUCCCUUUUACAAAAUUUGUAAUUUUGCAGUAGUAUUCUAACUAGUAUUUUGAAGACAAUUUUAUCAAACAAUAUAUUCACUGAGAGUAAGGACCCUUCUCCAUUGCCCUCAAGACUUUCG